CAAACAAAAGCUACUCAAAACAAAAUCGGUUUCACGGAAAAUUCAGGUCGCUUUUGCUUGCAUUGUCGUAAAAAAACGGGAAAAAAUGGCAUCACCCUUGGAAAAUCUGGAAAACCACCUGGAAAUGUUCAUCGAAAACGUGCGCCAGAUCCGAAUCAUCGUGAGCGACUUCCAGCCGCAGGGACAGAACGUUCUGAACCAGAAAAUACAAUCGUUGGUCACCGGGCUGCAGGAGAUCGACAAACUCAAGAACCAGGUUGACGUGAACGUUCCGCUGGAGGUGUUCGACUACAUCGAUCAAGGGCGGAACCCGCAGCUGUACACCAAAGAUUGCAUCGAUAAGGCCCUAACGAAGAACGAAGAAGUCAAGGGCAAGAUCGAUGCGUAUCGGAAGUUUAAGAACAACAUGCUGAAGGAACUGGACGAGACGUUUCCCACCGAGAUGACGAAAUAUAAGGCUUUCCGGGAGGGCGACAAAUACUGAACCGAAAGUGGGACUUCAGUAGACUGUAAGACUAUAAUUUAAGGGUGGCAUCAUUAAAUUACCUCUACUCAUUUGGAACUAUGAUUUUGAUUUAAUUUAUUGGUUUAAAAAUCCUUUUAUAAAUAUAUGCAUUCGAAAACAA